AAAAUGUCAUAAAACGUAAGUUGUAUGCCGCUGCUUUCACUUCGUCCCAAAUUGAGGCUAUACAAAUAGCUCAGACCCAAAUGCAGAAACUAGUCCGGAUGACUCUUUCUUGUUCCCUGCGGCUUCUCAAACCCCAUAAUCAUCUCAACAUUCUCAAAAGCAGUAGCCUGGGUGGUGUUGUAUGCAAGGUGUUCGACGAAAUGCCUACUUGUGUUGACCCAGUUGGUAUUGCAAAGUUUCCAUUGGAGGGUCACCGAUGGGUGCAUUCUGCUCCGGAGCAGAAACCUGUGGCGCCAUUGGAGCAUUCCGGGGAAGGUAAAGUCGAUGAUGGCGGUGGUAAUGGCAAUGGUAAAGUGAAGAGGAAGAAGCUCAAGGGGAAACGAGCUGUGGUGAGGUGGCUCAAGUUCUUUAGGUACAAGAAGAAGAAAGAUUUCGAGAGAAUGACCCAGGAAGAAAAGAUACUAUUCAAAUUGAGAAAGGCUCAAAAGAAAGAGGAAAGGCUUUUGGAAGCUCUUAGGAAGAUCGAGCCUAGGGAGUCGGCAGAAACAGCGCAUGAUCCGGAGAUAUUGACACCGGAGGAGCAUUUCUUCUUCUUGAAGAUGGGGCUUAAGUGCAAGAAUUAUGUGCCUGUAGGAAGGCGGGGGAUAUACCAGGGUGUGAUUCUGAACAUGCACUUGCAUUGGAAGAAACAUCAGACGCUGCAGGUGAUAGUGAGGACAUUCUCACCUGAGGAGGUUAAGGAUAUUGCUUCAGAGCUGGCGAGGCUAACAGGAGGGAUUGUGCUUGGAAUUCAUGAGGAAUACACGAUUAUUAUGUAUAGAGGGAAGAACUAUUCUCAGCCGCCGACAGAGAUCAUGUCACCUAGGAUCACUCUCUCGAGGAAGAAGGCUUUGGAUAAAUCGAAGUAUAUGGAUGGCCUUCGAGCAGUAAGGAAGCACAUUCCAAAGCUCGAACAGGACCUUGAGUUGCUUAGAGCACAAGCCAAAAGAAAAGUUGAAUUCAGUUCUGAUGCAAUUGAAGAAACUCCAGAAGGCAUUCAGAGUGUAGAGUCUGGGAGCUCCUCAAACAUCAAUCUCGAGCCUUCAGAUAAGCUCAAAGAAAUUUUGGAUAGAGCAAAGGAGAUCCCUGAGGAUGACCCUGUAACAGAUGAAGAUAUGGCUUCAGACUCAGAAGAUUUAUCAGAUAUUUUUGAGACCGAUUCUGAAAAGGAGAGUGAGAACAAAGUGCAACGACCUCUGUAUUUGGAAGAAUUUGAGAAGUUCCUAGUUGAAAGUGAUGGAGAGCCUGAUGAUUUUGAGGAUCACCUGCGUCAAAUAUCCAUGGACUCAAAGAAGGCUAAAUCACCGAACGAAAAUGCUGGCUUGCCAAACUUUGAUGAGGUCGAUAGAAUAUUUCUGCGUGCUGCUUCACUUUUAAAAAAGAAAAGAAGAUGA